CGCCAUGCAGCAUUUUAAGGAGGCGGUUUCGAGACAUAUGAGACAGCCGUCCUCGGGACCUGUAGGCUGGCUUGUUCAGAGAUUCCUUGAGAAGAGAAACGAUGGUCUUGAAAGACACGCGGCAAAACUGCUGAACAUCAAACCGCAUCAUAACGUACUGGAGGUCGGUUUUGGUCCUGGGCUUGGACUGAAGCACGCUUUGAACUACAUGGGAUCGGACGGACCCGGUAUAGUCUAUGGACUGGACAUAUCUCCGCAGAUAGUAGGAGUCGCCACCAAGCGGUUUCAAUCCCACAUUGCAGCUGGAAAGCUUCAAGUCACCCUCGGAAGUGUUUCGAACCUCCCGUACGUCGACAGGUCUAUGGACGGGAUAUUCCACGUCAACUGCUACUAUUUCUGGGACGACCUGCACCAAGGCUGUGCGGAGCUGUUCCGCGUACUGUCGCCAGGCGGCGUUAUGGUCGCUACUAUGAAGAAGGAGAGGGUGCAGCUGUUGGUUGACAGAGGUUACAACGAGUACGCCCAUAAACUCAACCCUGACGGAUACAUGGCGGCGCUGGAGCAGACUGGGUUCAUAGGAGUGGAGCUAGAGCACCUCGGAAAAGGACAGAAAACAUUUGAGGCAAUAUUUGCCUAUAAGGAGGGGGCAAGGCAGUAACAGCAUAGGAAUAAAGAAAUAAAGCAAUGGAAU